GAUAUCUGCACAACGCAGAUGAAUCACGAUACCUAGACGGCUACAGCUGUCAAUAUUGUGUGACCGGUGUCAGCCUUCAGGUGUUGUUGCGGUGGAAACGCCAGCCUCUGCGAAGUGCGAACUCUUCUUCACGUACGAAGUCAUCGUGUAGAGUGCCUUUGCAACAUCGAGUCGGUCAACAUCCCCCCCGCCGCCCCACCCCCAACUCCCGAUCUGCGUCGCACCCGCAGCAAUGGAUCAUCCCCGAAUAGUCGUGGGCAUCGACUUCGGAACCACCUACUCUUCGAUAGCGUGGGCCACGACCUCAUCACCCACGCACAUCAGCCUGAUCGCCGCGUGGCCUUCGGCAGGCGCACGAACACACCACAGCACGCCGAGCGAGAUAUCAUACCACGUGUCUGGGAGCACUUCGUCGUACCUGUGGGGGUACGAUAUCCCGUCGUCGCAGCAGCGGCUAAAGUGGUUCAAGCUACUACUCGAGACCGACGACGAGGCGGCGCGCAGCGCAGUGCCGAUUCCGCCCGGAAUGAAGCCUACCGAUGUUGCGAGAGACUUUUUGGCCGCACUGUAUCACCAUGCUAUCCAGACCCUGUGGAGGAUCAACUCUGCCAACGUGAUGCGCGCGUCGAAGGUCGACUUUGUGGUUACGGUGCCCGCGGUCUGGACUGAUGCCGCGAAGAAUCGUACAAGGUUGGCGGCGGAACAGGCGGGGAUCGCGGGCGAGCACGAGUUGCAGCUGCUAUCGGAACCGGAGGCCGCCGCGAUAUAUUCCAUCAAGAUCCAGGAGUCGGCGGCGAUCAGGGUUGGCGAUCGGAUUGUCGUGUGUGAUGCUGGGGGAGGCACAGUUGACCUGGUAAGCUACAGCAUAACGUCUUUACACCCGGUGCUUCGGGUGUCGGAAUGCUGCAUCGGCGACGGCGACUUCUGCGGCAGCACGCAGAUCGACCGGAACUUCGAGCAGCUCCUGGCAUACCGCAUGGGAGCGCACUACACCCGUCUGCGGCCUGAAGUGCGCAACAGGAUCGUCCGCAAUUUCGAAGAGGUCAAGUGUGCGUUCGAGGACCGCCCCGAAAAGGAGCGAUUCUUUGUGCAGAUCCCCACGUUGGAUACCGUUGAUGAGCCUGGUGUCAGGAUUAGGGAUGGCGAGUUUGAGAUUACGAGGCAAGAGCUAAGAGGCCUUUUCGAUCCGGUGGUGAAUAAGAUCAUCCAGUUGGUCGCCAGCCAGGUAGAGCUCAGCUGCGCAGGCAACCGGUUCCGCGUCAACUACCUCCUCCUCGUCGGCGGCUUCGGCGAGUCCCGGUACCUAUACAAGCGGCUGCAAGCCUGGGCGUCCAUUCAGGGGAUCGAGACAUUACAACCGCGGGACGCGGCGACGGCAGUGGUCAAAGGCGCGGUAAUCCGCGGCCUCGACGUAGCGAUGGGGGCGCCCUCCGGAUCCGUCGUGCGUCUCUCACGGCGCAACUACGGCACGCCCAUGAGCACGCCGUUCAUCGACGGGCGGCACUCGGAGACGGACGCAUACCUUGACCCGUUCACGGGCGCGAAAAUGGCAAAGAACCAGAUAUCUUGGUUCAUUAGACGUGGAGACCCGCUCUCUGAUGAUACUAGGGUGGUCAGGGCGUUCACGAGGACGUUCAGGAAGUAUCAGGGCCCGUGGGUGGAUACAAUGGUGGCGUGUGAGCUGGAUCCGCCGCCCGGGACGGUGGUGGAUGACGUAAAAACCAUCUGCACCAUCGCGGCGGAUCUCGCGGACGUGAAAAAGAGCAAAUACAGCCGCAAAUGGCGGUACUUCCGGCGGUUUUACGUCGCUUGUUACACGCUGGAUCUUACUGUCCUGUCUGGCGAGAUGAGGUUCGAACUGGUGUUUAAUGGCGAGAGCUAUGGAUUCUGCAGGCUCGAUUUUGAUCCUGUUAGUGGGGAUGUGCAGGUUCAGAGAUCUGGUGUGUAGGGGCUCGGGAGGAGGGGGGGUUGUGGGUGCGGGUGUAGUGGGAGAAGUGGAAAGUGGAGGACAGUAGAGUUGAGUGCCUGUCGUCACCCGUGAGGGAGGUGAUAUUUGGGAUUUUGAAUUAACCUGGGAUAUGAUGUUAUGACUGUUUUUUAAAUUCCACAACCGUAAUUUGUAGUAUUUAGAAGCUGUCUGGUGGGAUCGCCCACUGACCUGUUCGUAAAAUAAUGCCGACUAUUUCGACCGAUAAGA